GUUUACCGACUGCCACAACAACAAAGAAGAAGCUGCUCAGGCUAAAGAGGCGGAACCGGAGUCUCAACCAUCUCAAUAAAGGUUCGUUUACCUCUUAAAACAUCGUAUAUAGAAAAACUUCAUGUUGUCUUGUGUUUUAUAUAAUAUUCUUGUGUUUUAUAGCCGUGUGUGUUUUCACUCCUGCAAGAGCUCACGGGAAGGUUUGACUGAAAGCACCAGUUAGCAUUGGUGGCUAACAGCGAUCAGCUGAUUAGUGUCACUGGAGAUGUUACAGGAGACUGUAGCUGCGUCCGAAUUGCCAAGUAGUAGUCGAAGUAGUAGUCGAAGUAGUAUCUAGCAUGUCCGAAUUGGCCACCGGAGCGAGUAGCAUGCUACUUCAGAUACUACUUCAGAUGCUAGACACGCCCACAUUGUAGGUUGGUCUCGGUGCAUCCUACGGACAUGCUACUGACCCAAAAUGCACCGCGGGCUUCUUCUUCGUCCUCUUAAAAGUUGUAGAAGCGCAUGUGAUGCUAGCGCCACCAGCUGCUCUGCCUAUUUAAAAGUGUCGCGAACGCCGGCUGGCCACAGCAGCGCGCACCAUGGCGGAGCAGCAGCAGCAGCAGGCGGGACCGCAGCAGUACAGAUGUAAGUUUCAUGUAACUUCACACACUGUCCUAAAAAAUGUGCGGUUGUAUCUCUUUGUCAUGUCAUGGUGUCAUAUUUGCCCAAGUAAUCAUUUUAUGAGCAAAUAUGUGGCGACAUCAUGGAGGUAAAGCUCACUUAUUCCAUCAUUAAACUGCACAGCUGCAGUACUACAGCCAGGCCCGCAGAUGAGGAGCUUCAGUUACCACUGUCUGCACGGGCGCAGUACCUACUCUCUGCCUGCGGGGGUCGUCUUUCCCCACCGCUCGUCUAGUGUGUCCGAAUUGGGCCAACGUUUUUAGUAUGUAGGAGUAGGAUCUAGCAGUAGCACGUAGCAGUAGCAUGUAGUAUCCGAGCGGGCAGUUCGGACGCAGCAUGUGUGAUGGUUGCAGCAAAUAGAGGGUUUUAUUUGACUUUAUUACUGCUAAGUUACUUGUGUGUAUGCCCCAGUAAAUGCCAGUUAGCGUUAAAGUUACCUUGUAAGAAUUCUAACCCAUUAUAGUUCUAUUUUAUUUUGAUGGAAUGAUAGAGAAAGUCUCGGUUUACUUAAGCAAACAAGUCAUCAGCUGCUAGUAAACAAGAGGUUUACUUAUCACUGGACUGCCUGUGUGUGUUCUUGUCUUCACUUUCCAUCAGAAAAUGGACACUCGCUUCACUCGAGGGAAAUCCACUAUCCUGGAGCGACCUCUAACCCGACCAAAGACGGAGGUCAGCAUCAGCGCCUUCGCCCUCCUCUUCUCAGAGAUGGUGCAGUAUUGUCAGAGCCGGGUCUACUCUGUGUCCGAGCUGCAGACCCGGCUGGCCGACAUGGGUCAGAGUGUGGGGGCCAGCAUGCUGGAUGUGCUGGUGCUGAGAGAGAAGAACGGGAAGAGGGAGACCAAAGUGCUCAACAUGCUGCUCUUCAUCAAGGUGAACACAAUAUUUCAGAGAAGUGCUGGUUCAUGUCUAACUCAGUGUUAUGGUGUGUUUGACUCUAAAUUAAUAUCCCUUUAACACCCCCUACCACACAUCAGCUCAGCCGUUCUCACAAAAAAUUAACUGAGAGGCUGGCUGGAAAAAUUGACAUUUGACAUUUGAGAACUGCCAUUUUCCUCUCCACUACAGGUAAACGUCUGGAAGUCUUUAUUUGGGAAGGAAGCGGAUAAAUUGGAGCAGGCCAAUGAUGAUGACAAAACCUACUACAUCAUUGAGAAGGAGCCACUGAUCAAUGCGUACAUCUCUGUGCCCAAAGAGAACAGCAGCCUGAACUGUGCUGCUUUCACUGCCGGCAUCGUAGAGGCCAUCCUCACACACAGCGGCUUCCCUGCCAAAGUGACGGCUCACUGGCACAAAGGCACCACGCUGAUGAUCAAGUUCAAUGAGUCGGUCAUAGCCAGAGACAAAGCUCUGGACGGAAGAUAAAAAAGACUGCAGGGUAUCAGCAGUUUUUGUUAACCUGGACUUCUGAAGAUACAUUUUAAAGAUGUAGGGGAGUGUUGGACCUGCUCAUAUAAGAGGACUUGAUGUUUGGGUGGAUGACUGCGCCAUCCUGGACCACACUGUGAGGGAAAACAUGCAGCUCUUUGGCGAAAUGAAACAAAAACAUCCCUGGUUUUCUCACUGUUAGUAAUGACUUACAGUCUUAAUGUUACAAAAUGUUAAAUUUACAGAGAAAGGUCCAGAAGUAUGAGAUCAUUCCUCUCUUACACGUAAUAAACUAGUAACCCUGGUUACCAUUAGCAACCAGGUAAGAUUUAAAUUGAAUUGAAUUCGUAAUGUGUUGUAGUGCUAUUGUAUUACACUAAGACGCUAUGUAUCAGCUGUGAGCAUUUACACCCAUUUUCUGCAACAGGAAUGCAGUUUUUUUUAGCUUGUACUGUUAUUGUAUUUAAUGAGUGAAUAACCAGUUUGAUUAAUGGCACACAGACAAUACAUUUCCUUUUAGGGAUAAAUAAAGUUCUUGUAUUAGCUCUUACUACAGAUAUGUUUGUACUUUCGUCAGUGUCUUCUGUCACAAAAUGAAAUGUUCUAUUUUGUACUGCUAUUAAUGAUUGCUUUUGUGAAAAUGAGUGAAAAAGUUGUGAUUAUAAAACAUAAAGAUAGAUAAAUCUCACACCAAGAAGUUCAGGAAACAUUUUUUCUUUUCUAAAACUGAUUCUUACACCUUCAAAUGAGUAUGUGUUUUGGAGAAAAGGACCUUGAUGACACUCGUUUCAUGAAAAAAAAAAACACCAUUAUAUUGGUAGAAAAACUGAUUUCAAAUAUUUUUCUGGCUUGUGCUAACAUGAAACUCACAGUUCCAGUCCCAUUCUUAGUUAGUGUCAAACAACAAUUUGCCAUAAGCACAGUGGGUUUUUUUGUGGCCUAUAGAUUUGAACACUAGAUUGUGGCACCAACUAGCAAACUGCCAAUAUCUGAUGUUGCAUUUGAGAUAAUAUCUGAUGUCAAUACUGGUCCUGAUAUCAAAAAGUUUAAAGAAAAUAAAUCUGGAUCUUCAGCUUGAGGAUUUUACAAAAGAUUAAACUGUUAACUUGAUACUUGCUACAGGUGGUUAGUUCAGUGUGAGACUACCUAUAUCUGUUCAAAUGUAAUAAAUGUGACCUGGUUGACCUGAUGUUACUGGGAGUUCUAUGCAAAGCUAGAUUUUCUGAUUUCUUCUCAAGAAGAGGUUUUUACAUAGGCAAAAAGAAAGCUCAGUCAGAAAGUGCAAACUACAUCUGUCUUUGAAAAAACAGUCUCAUUGUAGUGGUACAUAAGUAAAAUGACUGUAUUUGACAUGGCAGGUAUUUUAAAACAGAAAAGACCCACUCAGGUCUUCAUCAGGGCUGUUGUCAGCAGAAUCUCUGAUGGAGAUAAAAAUAAAGCCUGAAGUAUCCAAAGAGCAGCUGUACAUGACAGAUACAAAGACCCAGCAGCGCUUCAACUCCUUUUGUGACCAGAUUUUUCUGUUUCCAAGCUGGCCAUGCUAAACUAAGCUGCAGCCAUCCUUUAGGACACUGAUUUUCAAGCUUUUGGUCACAAUCUCUGGGGUUGGCAGAUGGUUUUGGAUUUAAAGAUGUAUAAAAAAUGAAGUGGUUUCUGUGUUACAAUACCUGAUCCAGUGACUGUGGUUAUUUCAGUGCUGUUUCAGGCUGCGCGUUACCUGUGUGACGGCUGCAGGAGAUGGUUCUGGCUUGCAGGGCCAUCGUGUUCACAAACAGGCAGUGACUUGAAAAGGCUGAGAACUUCUGCUGUAGGGGAACUGUUUUGGGGGGACUGAAACUGAAGGAACAAUUUGCAAAAAACGUUUAAUCUUGAUCAGAGCUUCUUUUCAAACUUGGGAGUUUAGUUUUUUGUUAUUCAGGUUUGGUGAGAGCAAGUUUACUGUUAUGGCAUAUUUCAGCCACAAGGCAAUUCAAAGCGCUUCAGAUGAACAUGAAAACAUCAGAGGAAGACAUUUCAAAAUCAUUCAAUAGGCCGUUAAAAACUUUGAUUAUAACAAAAGAAAAAGGUUAAUAUUUACAAGGUAUUCUUAUGCAUAAAAGUGUGACUUAAAAUAUGUCAUGAACUGCAACAAAAAUAACUUCACAAAAUGAAUACAUUUUUCUAAUUAAAAUAAAAAAGAUUUUCUUGACUAAAAAAAACACGAAUGAGAAACUGCAUGCAGGACAAAAACAUCCUCGAGAAACACUGUUCAUAAAAAAGACUGUCGAAGCAGCUUCACAUUUAUCAUUCUUAAAGUAUUGAAACUUAAAAUUUUAUUUUUUGCAUUCCAAAAACUACUUUUCUGUUCCAAAUCUCCCAGCUGUAAAACACUUUGGUUCAAAAUUUGUAUUUAAAGUGCCCAAUAAAUAAAAAUGAAUAAAUAAAUAGAUAAAAUAAAUAAAAAUAAA